CUGUCUCCGUCAGUCUGUACAGCUCUCACCGUCAGACUGCUUUUCUCUGUCUCUUGGAACUUAAACUGCAUCUUACUUUUCUUUUUUUUUUUUUCCAUCUCCGCUGGUAACAAAGCCACAUUUAAGGAUGGAGAACGGGGUGAAAAACGUUUCCAUUGAAGAGGAGUAUUUCCAUGAACCGGGGCCAACUGUCACGUUCAGCAACUUGCUUUACUGUGUUCAAGAGACAAAGUGUUGUCGAAAAAUUGGUCCUGAAAAACACAUCCUCAAAGAUGUCAGUGGCAUCAUGAAACCGGGAAUGAAUGCUAUCAUGGGGGCUACAGGAAGCGGUAAAACAUCACUUCUGGAUGUAAUUGCAGGGAGAAAAGACCCUGCUGGAUUGCGCCAAGGCCAGGUUUUAGUGAAUGGCAAAGCCGUUACAUCUGAACUAAGGCUCACCUCUGCCUAUGUGGUUCAGGAUGACAUUCUGAUGGGCACUCUGUCUGUGAGAGAGAACCUUCUGUUCAGUGCCAACCUGCGUCUCAAACGUAAACUUCACUCCUCAGCUGAAAAACAGAGCAGAGUAAACGACAUCAUUAAAGACCUGGGUCUUACAGACUGUGCUGACACCAAGAUAGGCACUGAGUUUCUACGGGGCGUAUCAGGAGGGGAGAGAAAGAGAUGCAGCAUUGGGAUGGAGCUCAUCACUUCUCCCUCGCUGCUGUUUCUGGACGAGCCGACCACAGGACUGGACUCUCAUACAGCUAACAGCAUCAUUGGUCUCCUGCACAAGCUGUCCAGAAGAGGGAAGACCGUGAUCUUCUCCAUUCACCAACCGCGCUACUCCAUCUUCAAACAGUUUGACCACCUGACUCUGAUGCACAAAGGCGAGGUUGUGUAUGCUGGAGCAGCAGGAUAUGCAAUGGAGUACUUCACAAACCUCGGAUACCAAAUCGAAGCUUUCAACAACCCUGCUGAUUUCUUUAUGGACAUCACAAAUGGAGAAGUGAUAUCAACAACAGAAUCGUUCACUGAAGUGGAGGGUAAAAACUCCCACUCAGCAAAGUAUCGCCAGUCCCACCUGUACCAGAAUGUGAUGGAGGAGCUGAACCGCCUGAACCAGGGGCUUUCUGAAGAGGUCAAAGGUGAAGGCGAUGCAGCCCAAUAUGCCACGUCUUUCCUCUAUCAGAUGCGAGUGGUGUGUGGCCGGACUGUGCUGAACAUUCUGAGGAACCCACAGACGUCUUACGCCCAGUUGGUCCUCAACAUCUUUUUUGCAGUUCUGGUGGGACUCAUUUACUACCAGAUGCCCUUGAACCUGCCCGAGGCCAUACAGAACAGGAGUGGGGCGUUUUUCUUCCUUAUCAUCAACAUGGUAUUUGGGAAUCUUUCUGCUGUUGAACUUUUUAUCAAUGAAAGGGCCAUCUUCAUCCACGAGAACUCCAGCGGUUAUUACCGGACCUCUGUCUACUUCCUGUCCAAGAUCUUCGCUGACCUCAUCCCCAACCGAAUGAUUCCCAUCCUCGUGUUUUCCGCCAUCGCCUACUAUAUGAUGGGGCUGAAGCCUGCUUUUGAGGCCUUCCUCUGCUUUGCUCUGACCAUGUCUAUGGUUAGUCUGGCAGGAGUUGGUCUUGCUUUCCUCGUCUCAGCAAGCGUAUCCACAUUUGCAAUGGCUAACAUCCUGAUCGCCCUACCCUUCGUCUUCAUGAUGGUCUUUGGUGGCUAUCUCGUCAACCUCAAUGCCAUGCUGAGCUGGCUCUCCUGGCUGAAAUGGAUCAGUAUCUUCAGAUACGGACUGAAUGCUGCAUUCAUCAAUGAGAUGAAAGGACAGUUGUUCUACGGCAACAACACGAUUAUCCCAGGGGAGGUUUUUCUGAAAGGAAUGGACCUCGACUACUCCGUCUGGGGCUUCUGGCAGAACCAAGUGGCUCUACUGGGAAUCGUUAUCGUCUGCCUGAGCCUGUCCUACGUGCAGUUGCUACGAAUCAACCGCUGGAAAUGAUGCCCACCCAUCUGCUCAUGUGCACAUCAUCAAUCAUGCAUUAUGUCUUUAUUUAUUCAACAUAGAAAAGGAUAUCUAAAUAACAGAGGUCUAAUGCCCUGGAUCAUCCUAUCUUAUAUCUUUAUAUAAAUGAUGUAAGAUGUACAUAUUGUUAAACACCAGAGGUGGAACCUCUCACUCGCUGACGCAUUUUCACCAAACACGUGUUGUAACAUUUGACUGCCAGGUUGAUAAGCUGUUACUGUGUGCACUCGGCCCGCACUCAAGGGAGUGUCUUACAGCAGAAAAGCCCAUGUCUAAGUCCUUACAAAUCCACUUAAAGUGAGUGAGCUAACAUUAGCUGCUUCAAAGAAACUGGAUACAAAAAUCCACCUUUUACUCUGAAUCUUUCUUA